UUCUUAAUCCAGCCACUUAAUCAAACGGACUUAACGACAGCCUCCCCUUUACCUAACGAUCAUCACAUAAAAUACAAAAAUGAUUUUAGAAAGUAAAUGAAGAGAUAAAGUUAUCUACCUUUUUUUUCUCUCCUUGAUGAUAGAAAUUUUCUUUCAGUUUCUCACCUCCCAAACAGGCCCAGCAACUUUCAAUCUCUGACACAACUCUGCAAAAAAACUCUGUACAGGAAGAACUUUUGUUAGUCCUCUUCAAAAGAUAUUUGUCCCUUUUCUCCCAAAAGUUCCUCACCUUUCGAAUCUAUUCUCCUUUCUCUCUUUCUCUCUCUCUUAAUCGAUCAUGCUUCAAAGCUUAGUUCCUCAAUCUCCAAUCAGUUCCAACACUACUAGCUCUAAUCCUAGCUCCUCCAUGAAGUCAAAGCGCGUCGAAAGAGACGUCUCCGCAGCUACCGGCGAAGAUUCCACUGCUGAUGAUCCUUCUAACAAGCGUCCUAACUACUCCUCCGGCGACAAAGCAGCUGCCGCCGAUGAACAUGAUGAAACGGUGAUAGAAGGUGAGUCUACAGGGUUAAGGCUUUUAGGUCUCCUGCUCCAAUGCGCCGAAUGCGUCGCCAUGGAUAACCUCGAGGACGCCACCGAUCUUUUACCUGAAAUAUCCCAACUCUCUUCUCCGUUCGGCUCAUCUCCCGAACGUGUCGGCGCGUACUUCGCACACGCUUUGCAGGCACGCGUGGUGAGUUCUAGCUUAAGAACCUAUUCUCCCCUGGAUAACAAAUCACUUACCUUGACUCAGUCCCAAAAGAUCUUCAAUGCUCUGCAAUCUUACAAUUCGAUAAGUCCUUUGGUCAAAUUCUCUCACUUCACCGCCAAUCAAGCCAUCUUCCAAGCAUUGAGUGGUGAGGAUUGUGUCCACGUCAUCGAUCUCGACAUCAUGCAAGGUCUCCAAUGGCCAGGAUUAUUCCACAUCCUCGCCUCCCGGUCGAAAAAGAUCCGAUCAAUGAGAAUCACGGGGUUCGGAUCCUCGUCGGAGCUCCUGGAGUUGACCGGGAAAAGACUGGCGGAUUUCGCGGCAUCGUUAGGGUUACCAUUCGAGUUCCAUCCGCUGGAGGGCAAAAUCGGAAAUGUAACAGAUCUGAACCAACUGGGAGUCCGGUCAAGUGAAGCGGUGGUGGUCCAUUGGAUGCAUCAUUGCUUAUACGACAUAACGGGGAGUGAUUUGGCGACGUUGAGAUUGUUGACGGUGUUGAAACCGAAAUUGAUCACCAUCGUGGAACAGGACUUAAGCCACGGGGGUAGUUUCCUAGGGCGGUUCGUGGAAGCAUUGCAUUACUACAGCGCGUUGUUCGACGCGCUGGGGGACGGGUUAAGUGUGGACAGCCUAGAGAGGCACACGGUGGAGCAGCAGCUGUUCGGGAGCGAGAUUAGGAACAUCGUGGCAGUUGGUGGGCCCAAGAGGACGGGAGAGGUUAAAGUGGAGAGAUGGGGUGAGGAGUUGAGACGGGUCGGGUUCCAACCCGUGUCGUUGGGUGGAAACCCGGCAGCCCAAGCAAGCCUUUUGCUGGGGAUGUUCCCUUGGAAAGGGUACACCCUGUUGGAAGAGAAUGGGUGCCUCAAAUUAGGGUGGAAAGAUCUGUCUUUGUUGACUGCCUCCGCCUGGCAGCCGUCCGAUUAAAAUACAUUGUUCUCUAUUUUUGUGUAUCUAAAUUUUCUGAAAAUAUUUCUCCAAACCUAUAAAAAUAUAUCCCCUCAAUUUUCAGGAUUUUUUAUCAUAAUAAUUUAUGGAGAAACAACUCUGUUCUCAA